UUAUUUGUAGUCACGUGAGUAAACAGAGCACCGCCGCACCGCCACCAAGCACAGCUGAUUUUCCGGUCUGCAGUGGGUGCAGUGGGCUGUGCAUGUACCAUGGCGGCAAGUAUCGUAGACGAUUUAAUUUCGGUUCGAAGUCACCGGCGGCUCAACCUUCACGAACUCAUCGAUAACUUGCCGAAGCAGCUUACCAAAGAUGUGCUUCACCAGUUGCGGGCAGCCGUCGCGGAUUGUGACCCCGAGCGAAUUCCUCAGAAUGAGGGAGCGGUGAGCAGCCUUCUUGCGGUGGUGUUGGAUGACAAGGCACUUCCACUCUGCAAGCAUCUGGCCUUGUCCAUUCUGGAGGGAAUCUGUCCGCAGUACGGCCUGGAAGAGAUGUUGGUGGACCUUCCUAUAGCACAGCUGGCACUGUUUUUGAACCUCCUGUUGGUGCAGGGCACUGACAGUCUUCACUUCAGGGCCAUCCUGAACAAACUUUUGAGUGCUCUAGAAGACAGUUCUGUCGGUUGUGACUGCAAGCGGGAGGUCUUGCUGUACCUGACACAGGUGAUCGAAGCAGACGAAAGUUUGUUUUCAUUGGCAGACACGCAGCGAGUGCUGAAGCAGAUGGGCAGCUGGCUGCUUGACUGUUCGCUGUUCUCCUCGCCGCGGCUUCUCAACGUCUCCUUGCUGUGCCCAAUGGGCCCAACCGCUCAGUCCAGGUUCAGGCGCUCCGACAAUCCGCAGCCAAUCACGGAGCUUGACGGUGUUGUCUCUAAGGAGACCUUCACCGUGCUCAGCUGUGCCAAGUUCAACACGGCUGACCAGUCGCUGAACAUUGCCGCCUUCUCCGUGCUCUGCGCCUGGCUGAGGAAGGCCCUGAAGCACCAGCACGUUGAGGAGAGCCUGCUGGUGUCUGCAAAGAAGUACUGCCUGUACGUCAUCCAGCAGACAUACACUAAACCCCUGACUGUUGAGGACUUGGAGAUGCAGCAUUGCUGCUUGGUGGAAGCUGUCCACGCAUUGGACUUCGUCUGCCAACUGGAUGCGUCCUUGGUGCCCGAGGUGACGCCGACCAUGCAGAGGCUAACCGGAAGCUACCUCACCUCGCACGUCGUGGUCAGCACCGCCCUGCUCCAGUUCUUGCUUCAUCACGGUGCCGCGGUGUUAUUCAACACCGACGAAGUGCUGUCCCAGUUCUUUGAGCGGGUGGUGUCUCAGGCGCAUUGCUGCACCACGACAGCGCUGGAGGUGGUUCGAUUCGUCAAGGGCAAUCUGGCGCAGCUGUGCUCGACACCUGGCACGAGCAUCCUUGAGAAGUACUUCCCUGCGCUGCUCAAGAUACUGGCCUGGAGCCCACAGAACUUCAAGGCGGAGUUUGAGAACAUUCUUCCUGCCUUCAUGUCUGCCAAAACAUCCGUUGAGGUUUUCUACAGCCUGGUCGAUCUUCCGACGCUGACUGCUGCCUUAGUGAUUGACUCCGAGAUGUCAUCCUCUUCGGAGAGUGUUCAGCAAAAGCGGCGUUCCAGUCUCAGUCCGGAAUUUCAGGCUUCCAUGAUGUUUGUCCUUAGGGACGAGAGUGGCAUUGGAGACACCUUUGACGGGAUUGCGAGGUUCCACGUCCUUGUCGCUGACUUGGCAACUCAUCCGAGAGUGGUCCGCUGUUCGGAACAUGGCCCCCAGCUCCUCAGUUGCUUCUUCGCCACGUUUGUGCAUCAUGCGGAUGCUGAGUUGGCAGCGCGUCUUUUGCCCGCCAUGUUGGAAAGGCUCUCCGUCUGCUUCGGGUCGCGGGGAUACUGCGAACGUCUGCGCAAAGCCCUUGCAGACGUGUUGCCCAAGCUGUUUCGGAGGUUUCCCGAGAUGACGUUUCUCCUGUCGUCCGAGCUUGUCGACUUCCUGAGCCACACGGCGAGCUACGAGACAGCCCCGGACUUCUUUACCAACCUGGUGUGGGCUGUAGGGGAGUUUGCUUCACCCAAUGAGAGCUCGCUGUUCACCCCGCGGGUGAUCACGGACUACUUCGAGGUGCUUGAGUGCGUCGCGUUUGAGAUGUUGGGUUCUCCCACCCUGCUGCAGCGGGAGCGCCGACUCAGGCUGCUUUGUGUCCUCAUCACUAGCCUCAGCAAACUAGCCGUGCGCUCUCAAGACCUGGUGCCUAGGGCUUUGCUCUGCCUGUCCAAGACCGGCCAAGUGUGCGGGACAGAGUGUUCGGGGCCUAGGGCCGUUCUGGAGCGCAGGGUCGCCGAGCUGAGGGCGGUCCUCGAGAGCUCCGGUGCUGCUUCUACAAUCCUCACACCGCCAAAGGAAGAUGAGUUGAAAAGGUGUCAUCGAGACCUGACGCAACUGCCCGGCCUUGUUCGUCUCGUAUCUGCCAUGCUGGUGACCGAAGGAUCGCCUCGGUGAUUCACAUUUAUUUAAAAGAAUUCAAACACAAAUAAAAUAGCUUGUUUUGUA